GCCGAGCUGUGGCGCUGCAGAGGAGUCGCUUCGCCGACAACAUGUCGCAUCUACCCAUGAAACUCCUGCGCAAGAAGAUCGAUAAACGGAACCUCAAAUUGCGCCAGCGAAACUUAAAGCUCCAGGUGGCCUCAGAUGUGAGCCUCUCAGAAACGCAGAAUGGAGCCUAUCAGAAACUGUCUGAGGAAACAGUGGGAAGUGGGAAGGUUAAAAAAUCUCUAAAACGGUCUGUGAAUGUGGACUUGUCAGAAGCCCGGAAUGGAGAGAUGGCUAAAGAAACAGUGGAAAACAUGCAAAUUAAAAAAAAAAAAAAAAGAAAGAAAUCUACCGUAAUAAUCAAUGGAGAAGCAGCCACACAGCCUCCCAAUUCAGAAUCAAAAAAGAAAAAGAAGAAAAAGAGGAAGAUAGUGGGUGAUGCUGGGCCUGAUACCAAAACAAAACCCGAAGACAAGGGGGAGUCUGAGGAAGAUUUACAAGCGCCUGAAGAGACAGAAAACCACGUGGAGAAGCCGGAUGAUCAGGAAGAAGACGCUGAGGUGCCCAGCCUACCCCUGGGACUGACAGGAGCUUUUGAGGACACUUCAUUUGCUUCUCUUACUGAUCUUGUCAGUGAGAACACUCUGAGGGCAAUAAAAGAAAUGGGUUUUACAAACAUGACUGAAAUUCAGCAUAAAAGUAUCCGACCACUUCUGGAAGGCAGGGAUCUUCUAGCAGCUGCAAAAACAGGCAGUGGUAAAACUCUGGCAUUUCUCAUUCCUGCAGUUGAACUCAUUGUUAAGUUAAAGUUCAUGCCUAGGAAUGGAACAGGCGUUCUUAUUCUCUCACCUACUAGGGAACUAGCCAUGCAGACUUUUGGCGUCCUCAAGGAGCUGAUGACGCACCACGUUCACACAUACGGAUUGAUAAUGGGUGGCAGCAACAGAUCCGCUGAAGCACAGAAACUUGGUAAUGGGAUCAACAUCAUUGUGGCCACACCAGGCCGUCUCCUGGACCAUAUGCAGAACACCCCAGGGUUUAUGUAUAAAAAUCUCCAGUGUCUGGUUAUUGAUGAGGCUGAUCGUAUCUUGGAUGUUGGAUUUGAAGAGGAAUUAAAACAAAUUAUUAAACUUCUGCCAACUCGCAGGCAGACCAUGCUCUUUUCCGCCACACAAACUCGAAAAGUUGAAGACUUGGCAAGGAUUUCUCUGAAAAAGGAGCCAUUGUACGUCGGUGUUGAUGAUGAUAAAGCUAAUGCAACAGUGGAUGGUCUUGAGCAGGGAUAUGUUGUUUGUCCCUCCGAAAAGAGAUUCCUCCUCCUGUUUACAUUCCUUAAGAAGAACCGGAAGAAGAAACUGAUGGUCUUCUUUUCAUCCUGUAUGUCCGUGAAAUACCACUACGAGUUGCUGAACUACAUCGAUUUGCCUGUCUUGGCCAUUCACGGAAGGCAGAAGCAGAAUAAGCGUACAACCACGUUCUUCCAGUUCUGCAAUGCAGAUUCAGGGAUACUGUUGUGUACAGAUGUGGCGGCUAGAGGGCUGGAUAUCCCUGAAGUCGACUGGAUUGUGCAGUAUGACCUUCCAGAUGACCCCAAGGAAUAUAUUCAUCGUGUGGGAAGAACAGCCAGAGGCCUGAACGGAAGAGGGCAGGCCUUGCUCAUCUUGCGUCCUGAAGAAUUGGGUUUCCUUCGUUACUUGAGGCAAUCCAAGGUUCCAUUAAGUGAAUUUGAGUUUUCCUGGGCCAAAAUUUCUGACAUUCAGUCUCAGCUUGAAAAGUUGAUUGAAAAGAACUACUUCCUUCAUAAGUCAGCCCAGGAAGCAUAUAAGUCCUACAUUCGAGCAUAUGAUUCUCACUCUCUCAAACAGAUCUUUAACGUUAAUAACUUAAAUUUGCCUCAGGUUGCUCUGUCCUUUGGUUUCAAGGUGCCUCCUUUCGUUGAUCUGAACGUGAACAGCAAUGACGGCAAGCUUAAGAAGAGAGGAGGAGGCGGUGGAUUCGGCUACCAGAAAGCCAGGAAGGUCGAGAAGUCCAGAAUCUUCAAACACAUCAGCAGGAAGUCAUCUGACAGCAGGCAGUUCUCCCACUGAAGACCCGCCUUCCUCUCUUCCUCAGUAGCUUCGUCCUGAUACGGAUUUUUCCCUUUCUCUAACAGAGGAAUUUUUGUGGCUUCAGGAUUGGGACUGAUCGAACAGGAGUAUACAUGGACUUGGGCUGCAAGCGCUGGGCACUGAUCGCUUCCAGGAAAUACCUCUCUUACUUGGGGAUAUAAAACACAGUUCAUUUUUUUAGGUUGCUCAAGGGCAAAACAAAGGAUCUUUUGGAUGAAAUAUUUUAAUUCUUUUUCCUCCAAGUCUGUCAUUGUUUUAAUAUAAUUCCUUUUGUACCUUUUCCUCCGGGUGGCUGAGGAUUUUCACGGCACGGAUUUUGUACCAACCUGCUGUAAAAGGCAGUGACCUGAUACUCUGAACAGGUGCUGGUGGUAGUGAUGCAGAAAAUUGUCUCCACUUACUUGGGUUUGUUUUGGGUUGUUUCUUGGACUUUAACCAUAGUUCUUGACCUCCCCUGAAAAUGCUGCUGUGGCUA